AAUUUUUUGUUUGAACUUUCUAUUUUUUAAUCAUUUUAAGAAUUAACAGUUAAAAAUAAUUGUAAUUAUCAAACCUGAUCAGUCUCAACUUUCAUCGUGUUUUCCUAAUUGUGUCACUUUAUAUUAUGAUUGUUAUUAUUGGUGUUAUUAAUUAUCGGCAAUUGAUUAUUGACCCGGUUGUCGUGAUUGAAUAACUGUCCGGUUAAUAUUUCCAUCCAUCAGUGAUUAUUACUUUCAAAAUCAAUUUGAAUUUAACUUCAUCAACAUUAUCUUCUGAUCUUUACAACCUUGUUAUGCUGUUGAUGAAGGUUUUCUUGGUGUUGACCGUUUUUUUAACUCAAUUUGAAAAUUGAAUUGAAAAUCUUCACAACCAAUCCAAGGUCAUUAUCGUAUGUUAAUCUGGAAAUAUCUAUUAAAAUGUGUUAGCAGUUGGAUUCGGUUAAACGCUCAAAUUAUUCAUGUUAAUCGAAAAUACACUUUACUGUUGAAAUGUUAUUACCCGAGUGUUACCAGUUUAUUAUCAUGUCUCAUCUCAGCACUCUCUAGCUGAUGCUUGUUUUUGUGGUUGCUAACCAUGAGACACAUGUUUAUGCGUUUGAUAAUCAUAAGCUUAUUACCUUACUCUUUGCUUAUUAUCAAAUGGUUGCCUGUUUCAUUGUCAAUACUGUUACAAUCUAAUCAAUGGAUUAUGCUUCAAUUAAUCCAUCAUCUUUUUGGCAACUUUCUGCAGAUUGUAGGCAAAAGGUUGAUUUGUAUCUAUAUUGGUGGUUUUGCCUUUGUGAUUUUUAAUCUUCACCUAUUAAUUUCAUCAUUAUAUUGAUCAUUGAAAUGUGAAUGACUGCUCGUCAAUUCAUCAAUUUAUCAUUAUAUGGAAAAGGUACGAUCGACAAAAAUUAGGAGAAGUUCCAAAAGUGUGAGGCUGAUACUUGAAAUAAAAGCACUUUCAGCAGAAGAACUCAUCUCAUCAAGAAUUAUCAAUUUACAUUGUAUACUGCUUUGGUUUUUUAUGUAAAAGCUGGAUAUCGCUUCACCGUGCUCACUCUGGUCAUUACAUAACCAAAUUGUCACCUUUAAUCGCUCCAGAUAAUCAAUGUUAACGAGAGACUAUCAAGUUGUCAGGUUUAAAUUAAAUCGAUAAAUCUGGUUAUCUACCUGGAACAAGCGCCCCAAUCUCGAUGAUCACCCAAAUCACCCAUUUUGUAUUGCCAUCACUCAAAGCUAUGGAUUUUUGUGUACUUUGUGAUUAGCUUUGAUUGAUUUAAUCAGCCAAACACAAACAGAAUCGUGUGUUGUUUGGUUUUGUUUGUAUUAAUAAACAAGAUCACAAUAAAUCAGGAUGGACCCAAUUAUCAGGAUUGAUCGUGAUGAGCUAAUCAUGGUAAAUUGUGUGUGUUUCAACUAGGUCAAUGCUGGUCAAAUCAAUGUUUUUCAAAUACACACCAACUUUGAUUGUCAAUCAACCACAAUUGAUAAACAAGCAACCAACAAUUGUAUCCAAUCUCCGGUUACAAAUGGAUCCCUGGUUAAAUUGGCAAUCAAUUAAACAUCUUGAAAUGAUCAUAAGAUGAUUUCAGAUUCUUGUCUGAUAAGUGUAAUACAAGAACAACACUAAUGAUUUUCAUUCCCAUCAAAUGGCUGUUGAAAUCGUUAAAAAUUGGAGCCUCAUCAACAUAUGCUUUCAAUUUCAAUCAUUGACUGUUAUUAUGAAGAGUGUGGCAAUUGACAACAGUCAAUCAAAUAGUCACGUUCAUCUUAAUCAUUGGAAAAUCAUCGUCUGAACAAAAAUGCUUUUGGGAUCCAAACGAUCAGUAGUCGCAGAAAUGGUAAUUUGUCACAAUAACAACCCAUAGUUUGGAUCAUAUCAAUCAAAGGUUAAUCAACUGAACACUCGUCUUCAAUAAUUGAUUAUCUCUAUUGGAAUAGGAUGAAAUUAGAUAACUUUAGCUUACGUUUUUCAAUGGAAGCAAUGGUUUUUCAAGUCCAAUUAGCUUCGUUUUGGCGUUGAUUAAUUUAAGAAAGAAAAGAGUCGAUCUUUUGAUUAACUCAUCGAAUAAAAGUAAGUUUAUAAUCAUGAUCAUAUUAUCAAUUAACCAAUAAGUGUCAAACACACAUAGAUUUAUAUCAAUGAUUGGUAAACUGUCUAAAACUGAUUCUGAAUUGUUAGCGCAAUUCAGUAGAUUGUAUGAAGAUAACUCAAUUCAAAAUCAGAUCACAAUUAAUUGAGACAAUGCUACAGUCUUUAUCAUUUGGUGGAUGACUAUAUUUACAGUGUUGGUUAGUUUUAUCUUGUAAUCAGAAUAGCUCUUCAGUUUAUUGGUGUGAUUCUGUUUUUUGUGACGUUAUUAUAUUUGGUUUAAUUUUGCAAUUAUUAAAAUUGUUUUACAAUGGAUUUGAGUGAAUUUUUGAAUUUCUAUCAACCAUCUACAAGUCCACCCGUGAAAGAAACAGAUUUCGAAAGCAACAAUUCGAUAAUAUCGUUGUCUCAAUCAAAAGUGCCAAGUAUUAAUAGCAUGCUUUUGCAAGUAUUGUCUCCAAGUGAAGAAACACUCAGAACAUGCUUGUAUUCGGAUCAGCAUCAAAACAAUGAUGCAUGUAAUAAUAACACUGACUGUGAUCAAUCAGCCAAUUCAUCAAAUAGUGUAAAUUUGAAUGUUGAUAGAUUCCAUCUUAAAAUUUGCCGUCGAUUUGGAUCAAAGCGAUCAGAACUUGACUACAUCAACUUAUACGACAUGACAUCAGAUAGUAUUUACUCUGAUACUCUUGAUCAACUUGUAAUUAACAUCGUCAAUCACAACAAUCUAAGUCUCUCAGCCUUGGAUCUUUAUGACGAUGAAGACUCAGAAACUCUACAUUACCAAUACCACGAUGAUUAUCAAGCUUUACAGCCAACACAACAGUUCACCUACAACGACUACGUUAAACUGAGAGCAAAUACUUUACUGCUCGCUAGACUUGGAUACAAGCUGACAAUAACAUUGAAUACUGACAACAAUAAACCAGAAACUUGGAAUCCAAAAGUAGCCAAGAAAAUAUUAUCCGUUGAUUAUUCACCAUUGAGUUUAGUAAAAGAUUGUUACCCUGCACAAGCGCCUUUGGACCGAUUAGAAACAUUCCUUUUAGCAGAAGUGGUAAAUGCUUUUCAAGACGAUGAACCUAUCAAAUUACCCGACAUUUCACUUAAAGUCCAUACGAGUCCCUCACCACAAAAAUUUGUUACCAUUUGCAGGAGACUCAAAAGUUUCAGAAAACUAUGUAUUAAAGAUAAAAUCAUUCUCUUGAUUGGCUCAUUUUUUGAAGUCACCUCUAUGCAUUUCGUUUACAAUUACAUUCAAUCGACUGAUGAAUGGAUAUGUCCUGAAUAUGGAACAAGAUUCGGAAGACGGGACUUAUUCAUUUGGAAUCGUUUAUUACAUGAUAUGACUGUUCCUGUUAUUGAAUCAUUUCCAGAUAGAUGGAGAAAGGAUGCAAUAGUUGAAGCUUUGAUUAGUCUGAUCAUUAUUUUCAACCCUGAUCAAGUUGGACUUAACUUUCCCGAUUCAGUUAGGCAGGAACAAUACGUUUACAUUUAUCUUCUGAAACGCUAUUUGGAGUCAGUUUGUGAAUCACCUUGUGAUGCUUCAGACAAUCUUUACAGAUUAAUGGUGGGCGUUGAAACAUUUCGAGAAUUGGGUGAAAUUACAUUUAAAAAUAUGAAUGCGUUCUUGCCUGGUUACUAUAGAUCUUUACGAAACUUGAUCAUCGAUGAAAUCAAUAACAACAAGUAGACCCUAAAAGUGAACAUAAUACAAUGGAUUCAGCCAAAUAACUUGACGACUGAAUUUGAGCCCAGAUUCAGGUCCAGUCAGGUUAAUUUUGAACAAAUAGUCAACCAGUUGCGAUAAUAAUCAUUCUUGAUUCUUUGUUUUCCAUCAAAUGGUCUUGGUGAUACAAUCAUUAUUAGAUUAACCAGAAAAGAGGCAACAGUUAACACAAUAGAUGAGGAAGGUCUGGUUAGUAAAAACAAAAGGAGACCCUCUGGUAAAUUACCAAAACCCAACCUGGAUUGUUAGUGUUGGUAGGAGAGACUCUUGUCUCAAUUCCUGGUUGAUUAACCUUCUCUCCUUGCUGUAAAGUUGAUUAUCGCCGUGAGUUUGGGAAGAGAGUUUUUUUUCAAAAAACUGUUUCAAUCAUUGUCAUUAAUCAACUAAAAAUUGUGCGUGGGUAAACUUACGAUUUAUUGAAAGGAGUUAGAACGAGAUUCAGACAAUUGUUGAAUUAUAAUAAACAUAAUUAACUGCCGUGUGUUGGGUUAGUUGAUGUAAUUAUAAUGGAAAAAUGAAACAAUAAACAAAUGGAAAGACAAUCAAGUUCA